AUGUCGGACGUCGAAGACGAGUAUGAAGACGAGGAGGAGAUCGAGGAGGACGAGCCCGUCGCCGACGAGAACCAAGAGCCAGAGGUGAGCGUUUUUUCCAGUUCCGUUUCCGUCAACUUUAUCGCCACGUCAUAAAAUUUAAAGCAAAUUAACUUUCAAAACUUUACCUGCUCUAUCCUUUGCGUUUUCACGUUUUCACUUCCCUUUCACACUUUCUCUCGCCCAUUCCAUUACGCAAAAAUAACUGGUCCCAGUUUCUUUUUCCGAACAACUUCUUGUUCCUCCCUUUCCACAAACAAUUCCCAUCGACUUCUGGCGUCGAUGGCAUUGUUGUAAAGCGGGGGAGCCCCUGAACUGCUCCUGAAACUCUUCGCUUCGCACGCUCUUUCACCGCAUUACACAACCCAUCUUCGCCCGUUUCUUGCCAUUGCGAUUGUCGUUUGACAAUUGAUGAUAAUAAUAGUAAGAUAGACGGGCGAAUUGAACUUAAAUUCAUCGUGAAUCGAACGCUCGUAAACAAUAAAUUCGGUCCUGCAGGCUGCUGAUGAGUCCGAAGAGGCUCCGGCUCCGGCCGCCGUCGCCUCGCCGAAGGCCGCUGCUCCACCAGCGUCGAUCAAGAGCCCGACGCCGGGCAGACAGGUCAACUUCACGCCGAGCAUUCCACAGAGUGUUCUGAGAAAGUGAGUGGAAACAGGAAAGGCAGGAGAACAUGAAAGCACUUUCAGGCAACAGAACUACUCCGCCGGAAAGCCUUCGACUAUUCACACUAAGGAAAAGUUGAUGAGAUCGGAGGGAAUCAUCCCAAUCCAGGCCGGAUCCAACAAGUAUGCUUCCCAGAAGGGAAUGACCGGAUUCGGAGUUCCCCGUGACGUCAUUGACAAGGUUAAGUCAGAGAACUUGGCCGAGAUCACCGACGAAAAGAAGAUCGCCAACCUGAAGGGAUCCACCUGGCUUCAGUCCGGAACCAACAAGUUUGCCUCCCAAAAGGGACAGACCGGUAAGUCCAAAUGGUUCAUGAAAUGUCUUUUGAACUUGAUGUCGUUCAGGAUUCGGAGCUGUUCGUGACGUCAACUACAAGACGAAGGGAACAGGAGGAGCCAGCGAAGUUCCAGAAGAGAAGGCUCGUGCUUCCGAUGGUAUCGUCCCACUUCAAUCGGGAACCAACAAGCUCGCCUCUCAAGCUGGAAUGACCGGAAUCGGAAUGCCACGUAUUGUUGAUGGUGAGUUCUUUCUCGGCAGAUUCCACAACUGAUUGCAAUCGCUUUUCAGUCAGAAGGACCGUCGACCAGGUCAUGGACUCGCAAGGAUUCAUUCACCUUCAGAUGGGAACCAACAAGUUUGCCAACCAAGCUGGAAUGACUGGAUUCGGAAUGCCACGUCACAACAUCACCAAGUACGUCUUUCCAACUUCAACUUGUUGACCAACUUCUUGUGUUUAGGUACAAGGACGAGGUCCGCGGAGACAUGCCACACGACGAGGGAACCCUUUCGAGACAGACUUCCGGAUGGAAGGAGGGAGCCUCGCAAGCCGGAAUGACCGGAUUCGGAGCCUUCCGUAACAACACCGUCGCCUUCAUGCAGGCCCAGGACCAGCGAUCACAGGGAAUGAUCCCAUACCAGAUGGGAGUCAACUUCCUCGAAUCGCAAGCCGGAAAGACUGGAUUCGGACAGCCGAGACAGGUGUACACCCCAUUCACCGACGAUUCGCACGAGGACCUGCCCGCCGACAUUGCCCGCCGACCGGACGUUCCGUUCUGGACCGGACAGAAGGAGGCCGAGCACGCUAAUCAGGUAGGAUUCCACGUGUUGAGCCGCCCCUCACUUGAAAUGUGCCUUUCAGACCGGUAUGACCGCCUUCGGAACUCCACGUGACGUCCGCGGAGAGUACGUCCGUCGUAUGUGGUAA